AUGAACAAGCAGAAAAUUCAAUGGGCCGGAAAUGGCGGGCGCGGCAAUGGCAACAACAAGAGGCAUACGUGGUCAAGGAGACGGUCAGCGAGCACCGAGCAAAUACCCAAGCUCGAAUCCGAUGAAGAGAAGCCGACGGCUGGCAUGCUCUCCACCUUCUCCAGGCCGGCCGUGGAGGGGGUCGGCAUGAAGGCUCGUCGUUUGAGCCUGAGCUUGCCAGAUGAGUUCGUCGUCGACUCCUGCGAUCUGGACAAAGAGUACAAGAGCUCAAGCCUGAUGCCUGGCAAACGAGGAAAAUGUUUGGGCAAGGGAGCCACCGCCGAAGUCCGCAUCAUGGCCCGCAGGGGGACUUUCCGAAACGAGGAACUCGUCGCGGUAAAGGAGUUCCGCGGCCGCGAUAAGGGCGAGUCGGAAGACGACUACAUCAAGAAAAUCAAGUCAGAAUACAGCAUCGCCAAGAGCCUGCACCACCCCAACGUGGUCGAGACCGUGCGGUUAUGCACCAACCGUGGCCGAUGGAACCACGUCAUGGAAUUCUGCGCUCACGGCGAGCUUUUCACCUUGGUAGAACGCAAGCUGUUUGCGGGGGGAGCCGAUGGAUACUAUUCUCCGGACGACCGGCUUUGCUUCUUUAAGCAGCUGCUGCGGGGUGUCGACUAUCUACACAGCCACGGAAUCGCUCAUCGGGACAUCAAGCUGGAGAACUUACUGCUGAACCAGGAAGGCCAUUUGAAGAUAUCUGAUUUUGGCGUCGCAGAAGUUUUCAGCGGAGAACAUCCUGGCCUCCGCGCAGCUGGUGGCGAAUGCGGAAAGAACAUGGGUGAAGUGCGCCUCUGCGAACCCGGUAUCUGUGGCAGUCUGCCAUACAUUGCGCCUGAAGUUCUUGAGAAGAAGGCCAGCUACGAUCCACGCCCGCUCGAUGUCUGGUCCUGCGCCAUUGUCUACUUGACCAUGACCUUUGGAGGCUGCCCUUGGCAGGCGGCCAAGCCUGAGUUCGAGUACUAUGCGAGGUUCAAGAAGGGCUGGGAUGACUGGUUACAAGAUCAUCCCGACGGCCAGAUCUUCGACGGCCACGACGGUCAUCCAAAGUGCGGCAAGCUCUUCAGCUUGAUCAAUCCCCCGGCUAUCAAGCGCUUGAUUUUGAAGAUGCUCCACCCUCUUCCGGACAAGCGGAUCACGAUCCGCGAGACUCUGGAGACGACCUGUGUCAAGAGCAUCAACUGCUGCUGCCCCGAAAACUACGAGGAUCCGGCUUGCUGCGUCGACGCUACCAAGAAGAAGCAGGCACCUAAGAUCAGUACCACCAAGAAAUAUCUACAUCACCACGUUCCACCGAAGCCGGAGAACAAGAUCGGCAAGGCCUUGACUCACCGCUUCGACAUGGGCGAUGGCUGGACAUAG